AUGAAAGAAAGUGAAAUUAUUAUCGCCAAGUACUAUCGUGGAUUCAGGGUAAGUCUACUAAAAAAAUUGGAGUAAAACCAAUUGAUUUCCGAGGACCUUUGCACACGCUAAUUGUAGAGUGUUGUUGUCAUUAACGUUGACUAGAGAACAAGAUAUUAUGCACUUCUCUUGUUGCGGCCAAUGUAUGGAGUGAUUUUCCUAAUUUGUUUGUAUGGCCAGAAAAAAAUCAAGAUUGCUCGAGAUCCAGAUCGGAUCAGUAUUAGAGUCUGGCAAACUUCCCAUCCACCCCUCCCAUGACCCAACAUUUUUCCCUGAGUGAGAAGUGAGUGUCAACGUUGGCCCAGGAGAGGAGUAGGUGGGUAUUUUCCCAGAGUUUCUUCUUCUCGCCGUCCUGCACUUUUUAAGGUAGCUUCUGACGUGGCGGUGGUGAAGUCAGAGUUUUAGACAGUAGAAGAGAAAUGUACACUAACAUGCUUGUAAAGAGGGAAGUAGCGCCCGCACCUCCUGACAUUAAGGUGCUUCUUGAACUAAGCCCUGUUAUUUGAUCAUAAAUUGCUUAGGAUCGACAUCAGUAUCAAAGAACGAGGAAUGCUGCCAUUGUAAUCGCUUCUUUCUGCCGUGGAUGGAAGGUGAGUGUUGUUUACCUUGAACAGCAUAGUAAACAGUACCACAUGAAGGUACUGUUUUGUAGAUUUCAUUUGAAUGGUCACACUAUAGGAUUUUUUUCACAGACUCAAAACUGAGAACUACGUUGUACAUCAUAAUAAACAGCACCAAGGGAAAGUAUUGCUCAACAGCUUUCAGUUGAAUGGUCACAUUUCAGGAUUUCACCCACGGGCUCAAAAGUUAGAACCACCUUGCACAGCAUAUUUAACAAUACCACAGCAAAGUACUGCUCAGUAGCUUUCAUGUGAUGGUCACACUUAACCCUUUAAACCAUAAGAUCAAAAUUUGAAUUCUCAUUUGUUACCUCUGUUCAUUUCCUGCAAAGUAGUGGGAAGAAAUUGAUAAGAUAUCAAGCAAAUUCAUCUUGUGUGAUCAUGUCCGUAAUUCUCAUGACCACUCUGAUUUACAAAGCAUUGAUGUUACAAGGCGAAAUUUGAUGCUGAUCACUCUUAGGGCUUGAAGGGUUAAGGAUUUCAUCCACAGGCUCAAACGUUGGAACCAGCAUGUACAACAUAAUAAACAGUAGCACAGGAAAGUACUGCUCUGUAGCUUUCAUUUCAGUGGUCAUAAUUAUUGUAAUUUAAGUACAAAUCUAUCAAAUUGUAAGUGGAAGAUCAAAAUGGUAGCCAACAUUUUAACACUGGUGAAUUGGUUGAAGAAACCAUUAGAUUUACUAUCAAAUUCGUUGUAUAGCGCUGCGUGCUUUGCAAACUUCGAAGGGAUUUGGGUUUUUUCUGUUCCGUCAAUCAUUUGAGUGGGGGCGGAGUUAAUGCAAAUCACAAUGCAACGGACUUGCCCAGCUUGGCCCGUAAAUACAAAACUGACAUGAAACUGAGAAUGACCUUGGACUAUAAUGAAUUAUAGCAACAGAAAUCGUGAUCAGAUGGUGAGUGGAAUUUUUGCUUUAUUCUUGCAAGUGACAAGAAUAAGAAAGAUCAGGAAAAUCUUCGAAGCAAGCUAGUCGAUUAGUACCCGAAACAGGACGAUCACAAGCAACGAACCUUGAAACACAGAAACGAACAAAACGGAUUGAAAUCCACCAAUCACAAAUCAAAAACCAAGACCUUUUGAACUCGUUCAAGUAAACAGAUCUUUCCUAAGAGGUCCGCUAAGAUGAUUACUUUAGUGUAGUUUAUUUCACCAUGAUUGACGGAACAGAUCAACAGAAACUACCAAAAUCCCUUCGAAGUUUGCAAAACGCGCAGCGCGAUACAACGGAUUUGGCAGUAACUUUUCCGAAACUUGUAUGUUGAUUUUCACAGGAGAAAUAUAAAUAUAUAAAAUGAUAUGAUUUAAGUUAAUCAGUACGUACAUGAUAAUUUGAUGCAUAAAGGGCUGCGCUAGUAAUCACUCAAAUCGGUCAGCUAGCUAAAUACUAACAAGCAAAUUAAUAUUAUAAAGCACGCAAGCAUGAUCUAAAAUUAGUAGCAAAGUAUAAGCUGCGAGAACGGCCUCCUCUUAUCGGUUCUGGCAGCUAGAGCCCUUGUCCCUUAUGGAAGAGGCGGGGAUUUCUGUUUCCUCAAGAGGUGGGUGUGGAAAAUUACCUAUUGGGAUUUUGGGUUUGCGCUUGGGACUGGGUCGAUUUGGUUUCGAAUUAAACUAUGGGAUUUUUUUGGGACACGAAUUUUAACCCAGUGUCCUGUGCUUUCCCAAAGCAGUCCCAUAGUGCAGUUCGACACAAAAUCGACCCAGUCUCAACGCGCAACCUCAAAAUGGCCAACUUGAAAAAAUUAUUAUAGUCGGCGUCGGACAGUCCAGUGGCCCCCAACGAUACCACACAGACAGCUGGGUUAUAGAUACCUAGGACGCAUACCUAAAGUCAGGAAAGGCCGGUCAGACCGUUCAGCGGCCAUGAUCGGUGCGAGAUCCAGUUAAACGAGGCUAACUUAACUUACUAGGUGCUCUAAUGAAAACAAUGGAGCGUAUAACUCUCAGGACUCUAAUAGCACUAAAACUAAUUUCCGUCGAGAAAAUUUUGACACGUAUUUUGAUGCUUUCAAUUCGUUUUCGUGCUUAACGUGCAUAUAUGUCAACGCGCAUUCCGGGCCGUUUAUGCAACGUCUGAAUUGGAGAAAUAGCUACACGAUGACAAUUAAGAAACAAGGCUGAGAAAACAGUUGACAUUUCGCGACGCAAGCACUGGUUUCCCCGCCAAAUAACGUCUGAGGAACGAGAGCGGAAAUUCCAUACUGAUGACGUGUCACUAUCCAGAUCUGGGUAGUGCUUCUGAUUGGUUGUGCCGAUAUGGAAAUUUGCUUCAACCAAUCAGAUGCAGUAACAAGAUCUUGGCAGUGACACGCCAACGUUACUGAAUUUUUGCGCUUGUUACCCAGAAGUCAUUUCGCGGGAAACCGGUGGAGCGACACGAAAUGUCGGCUGUUUUCUCAAGCUAUCAAGAGACCUUCGUUUGGUUGCUGUUUUUUUUUUCGAAUCAGUUGAGGUUUGUAGGAAACUGCCCACCUACCCCUCCCCUAAGCCAACAUUUUGCCCUACGUGAGAAGUAAGUGUUAAUGUUAGCUUAGGGGAGGGGUAGGUGGGCAGUUUCCCAGAAACCUAAAGUGAUCUCUUUUUUCUUCGAAUAAAUGGUCUCGUUUGUGCUUUCACCAAGGGAACUUCAAUUAACAAGAAAAACAACCGUUUUGCUUCCUAGGCCCGGAAGUUGUACAGGGCCAUGCUUUAUGAGAAGAAGUGUAUUUGGGCCGUGGGUGUAAUACGUACCUAUUUUUAUGGAUGGCAGGUUUGAACAAAUUCACUGAUUUUUCUUUUCGCUUUCUAUUGCAUAUCUUGCGUCGCAGACACUUUAAACCGCCAGGAUAGACUAUGGGUGCUUUCCGAUCAACAAAAAUUUGCGGUGUGAAAUUUCGGAAAUUCCACGUUCCCAAUGGAACGGUACUUUCCGGUUACACAAACUCGUCCCAAGCCACCGCGCAUUUGGUUAUUGUUCUUGUAAGCAGAAUACAAAAGAGCGGUACUGGGGACAACAAUUUUGUCAAAUGGAAAGGGACAUUUCGGUCCGACGGACCGAUAUGACCAGACUAGUCAAAGAGGACCACCUUCAAAGCUGGUUCCGAAUAUUCCGGUCGGACCAAACCGAAAUUGUCCUUUCCAUUAAAUGUACCAACCAAAAUUUCCGGAAUUUUGGGUUGAUUGGAAAGUGCCCUAUACCAGUGGUCUAGACGAUGUGUGGGCCGGCUGCAACGCUGGCUUCCUAUUGGAUGGCGACACAAACUUUCGCUUUAUUUGUAACUGUUUCUUUUCGGUGGCUCUUCGUUAUCUUCUUUUUAGACUCGAAUGCUUUAGAUGAUAUUGCGUCUACUUAUUCUGAAAUGUGCGUAGUAUAUUAUCUUUUCUGGUUUGUAAACAAAUGAACAGCUAAACAUAAUUUAACAAGUUUUUAAACUUAACUGCAGAUGCAAUCGUAAACUUGAAAGUAAUCAUAGGGCAUUUUAGUUAUUGAAUUAGGAAUUUAUCCUACCUAAUCACUUUAACAUUUUGUUGAAAAGUUCAAUGCGCUUACUUAAAAAAGUAACUUAACUUUUCGGCCGUUUAUUUUUUAUAAAACCAUUUUUGUUAUAUUUUAUCUCUCAACAAUUUUGGCAAAAAAGGUCUGCAUUCCGAAUUUUCUCUUUGCAUUACCGACGAAAGUAAUGGCUAAUCUCAACAGUGAUAAUUACACAUGAUAGUUUACGCAAAGGAACUAAAACUGUAAUAGGCCUCAAAAGGUAAUUUUACCGGCCGUUAAUCAUUUAUUUCUUAUCUUUCCUCGAGUUGGUACAAAAGCUGCCUGCCAAUUCCCUAACUGUUUUCCUGUACAUUAAACGUUUUGCUUUGCUAAUUUCGCUUACAUGUAUUCCAUUACUUUUCAGGCUCGUAAACUUGUGCGCUCCAUAAAGUUAGAAAAAAGACGAAAUGAAGCCGCGUCCAUUAUAGCAGCUUAUUUUACAGGCUGGAAGGUGAAUACACUUAGCUCUGUUUUUGCACAAGAUUGUUUGAAGUAUUAGUAAACUAGGUUGUUAAUCACGGUGUACCUGAACAGUGCAAUAAUAAAAUCAAAGAAAGUCGCGGUCAAUCGGUUGUUAGCGUGAGAAUAGUGGAUUAAUUUAGGUUUUUUGGGAAACUGCCCACUUACCCCUCCCCUAACUCAAGGUUAACAUAUGCGUUUCAUUUGGGGCAAAAUGUUGGGUUAGGGGAGGGGUAGGUGGGCAGUUUCCCAGAAACCUAGAUUUAUCCGGAAAAGUUGGCACAGGUACCUGUAGAGGGACUUAACCAAACGGAGACUUAAAAGCGCGCGAAGUUAGGGGAAAAGAGACUCUGCAGUUUGCACUCCUACUGCGCUUAACACGGAAAACAUGAAACCGUUGCUAAGCGCGUGAAAACAUUCAGCCGGUUCAAAUGACAGGAAAAAUGCAAUUUUGCACAGCGCGGGAAAAUAUAUCUCCAGUGAAAAGCGCGGGAAAAAUUUCCACCGCGUGCAAGGCGUGGGAAAAUACUCAAACGAAUGCAAUUGCAAAAUUACGUGCAGGCGUUACCCGCGUGCUGAACAAACAGUGUGCUUUCUCGCACUGGGGAACACUGCGCACAGGUCCACACCGCUUGAGGCUUUUUCUUUUAAAUUGUAUGAAAACUGCCCAGUGAAAUUUCUCGACACUGUCCGCUCCCCUUUGAAAGAAGCGCAUACAAAUGUUAAGCUUCACGUUAAGUUGUACGGCACCGCUUGAAAAGGUGGAAGAACCGCCUUAAGCGUACGAAAAUUUGGGCGUCUAACCGUUGAAAGGUCCGUGUGAACAAAGCCAAGAUGUUGAACAGUUCUGUGUGAACGUAGUGACCAGUCAAAUUUUUCAGCUGGUGGAAAAUUCGUCCAGUGCCGUGUGAGCUUAGCCUCAGUUAAAUAAAUAUUAUACAAUUCACGUGUUUUAUAUACCUUAUAGCACUUACAUGAAUCUUUUUCCUUUUUGAAAAGCGCAUCACCUUUUAUGUUUUAUCUGUACUAGGUUCGCCGGUUAUAUAAUCCCAAGUUUAGACGAAAUGCUGCUCCGAAGAUCAUGAAAUUUCUUCGGUUAUUUUUGGUAUGUUGAGAAAUUGAUUUUAGUGAUUUCAUUUUGUCUUUAGUUAGGAGAAAGAAAGCUUUUAGAAUCGAAGAAUUUUUUUUGUUUCGAAAGUUUCUUUUUUUUGUUUCACUGCACGCAAGUCCUUAAGGUUAUUCCUUGGUAUUGUACUGUGCAUCCCUACUGCGCGUGAUGUCAUGCGUGAUUGGAGCGAGCACAUUAAAACAUGGCGGCUUUGGUCUUGAGGCUAGAGCUCGCCAGAGAAGUAUAUCUUUCCUUUUCUUUUCUUUCAAAUAGUUUUCUGUUCUUUUUUUUCCUCUUCUUGAGAAGCAGCCUUCUUUUUCUAGAACUAUUAUAACCUGAGAUCAGACUCAAUUUUCGUUUCGCUUUAUAAACAACAUUCCGGCGGGCUAGAGAAUGUAUGAGAACCGCUAAAAUUGGGCCUGAUCUCAGGUUAGGACUACUGUAGAUAAGUUCUCCUUGCAGAAAAAGAAAAAAUGGCAUCAACUAUGAGCUAUACCGUAUUUCCUCGAAUAAGCGCCUACGCUCUAGUAAGUGCCCUCCCUCGAAUAAGCGUCCACCCACUAGGCCAAAAUAUGAAACAACUGCCCCUCGAAUAGGCGCCCCUCUCCUUCUCCCCCAUCUCGUUCUUUAAUAGUAGUGGUAUACAAGUUGCUGCUGCUCCUAAACGAAUAUAGGGACCGCCUACCUUUAUUUAAAGAAGUUAAAAAUUUUUAUAACAUUAAAAACCAAACGGUUAGGUUUGACUUACUGCAGGUUCCAUUUCAGAGGAAUGAUCUUGAAUAACAGUUUCAUUAAGGUAUAUUUUGUUUUACUAUAGUGUUACCGAUUCCUUACGACAUUAAACAAGAAUCUGCCGUCGGUCUCUCCUGUGGACACGCACUGGCCGUCAUCUUCGCCCAUGUUUAGAAAAACUAAUACUCUUCUGAAGGGCAUUCAUCACGCUUGGAGAGUAAGUAGUUCAGUUGCGUCUGCUGCAUUCCAAUUCAGUGAUUUUGUUACUUUUGCGUGCUCCUUCCCUGACGCUUAAAAAUCCCCAAAGACGCAAAAUAAUUUACGGCAUGCGUCCCGUAGGAGGCAAAGAUCUAUUGAUCGAUCUGAAGAUGUUUCUGUAGAAUAUCCUAUUUGUGUGAUUUCUGCUGCUGUUCUUGUGGCUGUUGUUUAACGGCGCAUAUUUCUUUUGGUCUUUGUUCAUUGUGUUGACAAUAGAGGGAGUAUAUUUUUAUUUCGGUAAACUGUAGUACAGAGUUUUGGAGUCUGUCUUUACAUUAACUGUGUGGUUACAUAAAGACCCAGGGACUCGUGUUUUUGAACUGGCACUCAGAGGUUGGACUGAGACUCUUGAUUUUUCACAAGAUGAGUCCCAGGAAUCACCACAACUAUUUGUAACAAAAUCACUGAUCCGUGCAUGAGUUAAAGUUAGUAAGCCCCGCCUUCUCUUUUAAGCUCCCCUCCCCUUUCCCUUAUUAUUUUUCACUGAUAAAUGAUAGACUGUGAAACCUCGUGUAGACUGAUCCAGGAUGGUUUAUUCACCAGCUGGAAGUUCGGAUUUGUUAAAGAUCCUUGGCUGCAUGAACUCUAACUUCGUGUACUUGAGCUUUUUCACUUUGCAUUCUACCAUCUUUUCUAUUUUAAUUAACUAAGCCCCCUCUCUCAAAAAAGCCCCCCUUCUCUAUUAAGCUCCCUCUCAAACUUACCCUGGGUACCAGAGGUUUUUUCUCGCGUUUGACGAGGAGCUUAGUCGGCCGUCGACACGUUGACCGAAACCGGAAACCGCGCAUGAAAAGCCUCUGGCACCCAGGGUAUCUCAAACUCAAAUGUGUUUGAAAUAAAUAGGUUCCUCGGGGGACUUCAUAGAGGAUUUAUGGUAUGUGUUUUCUAAAAAAAGACGGCCAGAUCCAGGAAUUUUUGGUGGGGAGGUUCAACUUGUGCGCGCGCCUGCAAAUACACCCCACCCCUUCCCCUUUCCCCCCAGCGAUGGGGAGAAAUAAGAGGGGGCUCUAUUUGCAGGCUGAUGCACACAGUUAAAGCCAAUCAUAAGGUCUCUUCCGCGCCGUUACACAAUUGACAUUCUCUUCAUUAAAAUCUUCUCUUGCGUUAAGUAGUUGGAUGGUUUUGUCCAGAUUUCGUCAAUUCGGGCAGUAAUCAAACUCUCGCUGGCUUGGGUUGGGCCUGUACAACCGGAAUGGACCGUUCCACUGGGUACGUGGAAUUUCUGAAAUUUUGGACCGGAAUUUUUGAUGAAUGGAAUGCACCCCUGUAGAUUCGAAGACAAGAACGUCUACGAGUACCAGAUUUGACGUAACGUUUUUUUCGCGUAUUCUCAAAAAAUAGACAUCCCGACAAGCGUCAUUGUACCUUUUUUUCACCGGGAAAAUUAGCACUGUAAUCUUUAUUCGGAAGAAGGUUAAGCCCGGCUAUCACGCUCCCCCCCCCCCCCCCCCCGCAAAAAAAAAAAUUACGCUGGCCCACGCGUAGAAAAUCUCGUUACUCGUACUAAUACUCGUCUUAGAAGCUAAAGGUCUCUAUUUAGAGGGGUGCGGACCCCUUCAACCCUCCCUCUGGAUCCGCCCUGAGAAAUAUUUUCCUGCUCUCGUUGUCUCAGUUCUUUUGUCUAAUUCAUUCAGUGGCUUUCUAUUUUUCUUCUCUUCAGUGCAAGAAGUUCAGAGACAAGUUAACUCCUGAUAAGCGAAAAAUCUUUAAAGAAAAACUCCAAGCUAGUGAGGUGUUCAAGGACAAGAAAUCUUCAUAUCCUCUUACGUGAGUUGCACGUAUUCUUAUUAACGCGUAUUUUGAGCACUGGGAAAGUUUAGUCUUAAUGUUGUAUAGAGUGUUUUCACUCACGUGGGCAGCAUCUAGGUAGUCGCGAGAGGGAGAAAAACACGCGUGGGCUCCACUCUCCCUUGCAUCAUUUUGAAAUGCAUUGUUUAUUUCUCAAGUGCCUGCAUUUAGGCUAAAAUCGGGUCAAUUGAUCUUCACGUUUUCGUUUAAGGUGGGAAAUGGAACUGUCAAUGUUAUGAGUGUAGGUAUUUCAUAAAAAGGCAAAAUGCUACGUAGUGCACUCGAAAUUUUCAAGAAGGCUUUCGAGUGAAGUGCCGUUGAAAUCUACGUAACGUUUUGCUUGUUUUGGGUUGAAAUGAGUCGAAUGAACGCAUAAAAUCUUUGCUUAGAGAUUUUGGUGUGGAUAGUACGGGAGGGCUACUAAGUAUGGCUGAAAACGGGAAGCUUAAUCAUGGUUGCUACAAGUCAGGAAAUGGUCAGGGAAAAUGAAAUUUCUUCAAGCUCAGGGAAAAGUCAGGGAAUUUCUCUUCGAGUCAGGGAAAAUUUUAGUCUUUGAAAGAAGUCAGGAAAAAGGGAAAUUUUAAGAGUAUCUUUGUACAUUUAACGGACAUUAAUUGGUAGCAAAUGUUUCACGAAAUGGAACGAUAAUUAUGCUGUUAUUGGGUUUUGAAAGAAAUGAAUCCUUUUUGCACGUUAAAUUAAGGAACUAUCAUUCAUGUACAUUUCACGUAACCGGCUGAAAGCAUAAAUAAAUAGGUGGAGGGGAUCAGGCUGUGAGGGGAGCAGUGAGUCCAUUAUCAGGAGUAAUUUGUGAAAUUGUUAACUCAGUUCAGAGUUGGUCAGAGAAAUUUUACAUUUGUCAAGAAAAUGUCAGGGAAUUUCAGAAACCUCUGGCCGUGGCAACCAUGUUAAUCUCAUGUCUGAUUUCAGAGUACCAGUCCCUUUCCAAAGCGACCGCGUGAAUCUGUUGGCAAAUCCAAAGUGGCAGAAGAACGCGAAGAACAACAACUUGCACAUAGUGUGGGCGGAUUCUGUACUUAAAAUCAACAGAAAAGAUGGCAAGGUAAUAAUAACAGGGGGUAGGGUGGCGAUGCAAGUCUCGUUCCUAGUCCACUCUUCUGGGUGGCACGCGGUUUGUGGCGGGAAAAUGAAAGAAGAGGGACUCUCAAACCUUUGCCUCCUCCUUCCCGUCACGCUUCGCGCGCCUUUUUACUGAGGCUCAGAGAGAACUGGGGACGAGUUAGGACGACUUCCACUUCCAGAGCAUCGUAAGCAUUGGCCAAUCAUUAGAGACGCGUACAAAUGUGAGGAGGCACUCAGAACGAGAGGUUGGGCGCUUAAACGAAUUAAUACGGUGAUAAGAUGAAUGGAAACCAAACCACAUAGUAGUGUUCAGAGUUCCGCUUUGCAAACGGAACUUAUUGCGAGUCACAAACUAACUUCGAAGGCUUUGCAGGUGAACGUGUCCUCUUACGCCUUUAGUGCUUCUUCUGCGUUAGCUUGGCUACAAGGAAACAGUAACGACUGGUUUUAAGAUUAUUUUUUCAUGUUUUUGAUUUGUUUCUUUCCCAGGCAGUACCGCACAUUUUGACUGUGUCAGACACGGAAUUGCUGGUGUUAGACCCUAAAUCACUGCAAACUAAAUACAAUAUGGACCUGGGCGAUAUUCAGAGAAUAUCCGUGACGCCGCUUAAGGACGGAAUCAUUGUGUUCCAUAUUCGCACGGUUGGUGUCUUAACACGUAUGAUCGUUCCUGAUACUAGUCUUAUUAGCCUACGUAUAGAACCGCCACCCUAAGACAUGAACAGUACCAAAGAAAAGAGUUGCUCAGUAGCGUUCAUUUGAAUGGUCACACUUAGGAUUUCAUCUACAGACUCAAAAGUUAGAAGCAACUUGUAUAGCAUAGUAAACAGUACCACAGGAAAGUACUGCUCAGUAGCUUUAAUUUGAAUGGUCAAACGUAAGCAUUUCUUUCACAGACACAAAAGUUAGAACCACCUUGUACUGCAUAAUAAACAUUACCACAGUAAAGUAACGCAAAGUUUCUUCAAUUUUAUUUGAGUGGCCAAACUUAGGAUUUUUUUCACAGGAACAAAAGGUAUUGCCAAAAGUGGAAGCCCCUGGAUACUCCAGUAACCCAAUUUCUUCUUCCAGCGAUGUAGUUGGUAACAAAAGUUACCGACGCAGUUAGCUUUCAGUUGAGUGGUGGCAGUUAAGAUUUCGCCCAGGGACACUUAACAGGGUUAGGCCUAGUUCAAACGUUUAACUUUUCAUGUACCGAACCUAAUCCCUUCAAUUAAGUACAUGAAGAGAUCGACAUUUGAAUCAGUUAAGUCCGUGAUAUCUAAUUUGGGUCGACCCAUGAAUGAAGAUCGUGUGGCCCACAUGGAAAUUUCGAUCGUGGAGCGACUUAAUUUCAAACGUCGAACUGUUCAUGUGCCGAACCUAAUGCAUAAAUUACUACAAUUUAUUUUCACUGCUAAGCAUUGUAGACCUUUGUACAUCGUGAAAAUGAAUCGAGUCUGACUAAUGUUAAGUUCGACUUCCGAAUCAACUGUUGAACCAAAUAGGUAUUAAGUUCGAUACUUGAAAAGUUCGACGUUUGAACUGGUCCCUAGGGCCUUAGAGACGGACCAUUAUUUUUUGGACAGGGGUGGGGGGGAGUUUUCACAUGCAAACAUUGUUUUUAUAUGCGGCUCCUGCUGCAAACAAUUUUCUUGUGUGUCUCCGUCUUCCUGCAAACACUUUAUUUUUUACUUGCACACAAUUUUUUUUUCAGUGUUUACAGCCUUUCCAACCUUUUUUUUUAUCAAUUUUCCAUCCCUCCCCGUCAAAAAUAAAUGGUCCGUCGCUUAGAACCGUCAAGCACACCACUGGCGACUUAUCUACAUAUCUAUCCUUGUUUAUUUUCUUUAGGACAAACAUGACAAAAAUCACCUCAAAGGUGAUUUUGUGUUCCACACGGAGCAUGUAGUCGAGUUGGUAGCUAAGCUGUUGGUCCAAGUGGAUUCUCAGAACGAUAUAUCAACACCAGUGCAUGUCUCAGACAAGUAAGCUGCUUCGCUGGUUUCUCAGCCCCCCACCCUCCACCCUUUGGUGGGAUGGGUUUACUCAACAAAGUUUAUACAGGGAGGCUCCGCCCCGAGGUCCAACCCCUUACCAUUUUAUAUACCAUUUUUGACCGAAAAGGUACGUCCUUCCGGGCGGAGCCUCCCCGUAUGCGCAAUUAUAGGGAUUACCCCCCGGGUCUCAGCCCUUCCCUGGGUGCCACAGACGUUUUAUGCGCGGUUUCCGGUUUCGGCCUUCUGCCGAAGAUCUGUCGGCCUCAAGCUGACACCCUCCCCGCUGCACGCGUUAAAAAUCCGCUAGUCCCCAGGGUAUCCCAAGAAUGUCCCUAAUACAGUUCCUCGAAAAAUGCUGAGGAGUGCUUUCAAAACUACUAGUAUCAUGUGAAAUUGCUGCCAAACCUUCUAUUGCGUAGCGAACAAUAUCACCGGAAAUUUCUGCUCAGAAGCUUUCAUUUGAGUGGUCACACACUUAAAAGAUUUCAUCCACAGACUUAAAAACUUGUUCUCUGUGACGAACACCGUACCACGCAAAAGUAUUGCUCAGUAGCUUUCAGUUAAAUGGUCACACCAUUCAAGCGCGUCGUAACACGCACUGCCCAAUUCCCCUCUCCAGAAACUCACUCUUGGAAGAAAGGAUACUAGCUUUAGACGCAGUGAUUUCUGGGAUCAUUUGGGUGGACAAGUGUUAGUUAUGAUUGGUGGAUGGUAUUCAAGAAAACCGUUAACCAAUCACAAGUAACGCUUAUCCAGCGAAAUGAUCCCAGAAAUCAUUGCGCCGAAAACUUGUACCCAUUCCCCUUGUAGUUUUACACGGACACUGAAGGGGGGGAUAGAAAGUAUCCGUAUUAAGGUGACGCGACCCAGUUUUUUUGAAGGGGUACCAUCCUACUUUGAAGCUCUCUGGUAUCCCCACCAUUACUUUUAUCGUAAGUCUAACACAUAGAAUGGAUAACAGGUAGAUCAAUCUACAAUAUAACAAAAUUUUUGGCGAUCGGAGUAAAUGUCACGUGGUUAUAAUGCCACGCCCCUUUCAGGUCUGAGUCAAAAAUCUGUUGUUGCCGGUAUUUUUUCGUGAAAAUCUCUCGGCUACACAUAGUGCGCAUUAGUGCCUUGCGCUGAACAGAGUUUCACCAAAAUCGCAAAGACCCAAUUCGAGAAAUUCAGCGGUUUCCAAAUUUAGGUCAUAAUUUAUGCGAAAAUGAUAAGCAAACUUUACACGGAUUAUAUCUAAUAAACUAUGCGAUUCAUCUCUGUAUUUUGAGCAUCCUUAUAACAGAUGGGUCCUUGCAAGUCAGCAAAACGCUUUAGGGCCUUGUAAAUGCGCGCGAUUUCGAGCAAAGCAAACAUAUAGAAAUUAUAGUUUUCGCUAUUUGUUGACGUUUGUUUAAGAGUCCUUCUCACGAAAAAAGCAUUUUCUUAAAAAUUCGUAGUUUUUUUUCCUUCAAAUUUUUUCAGGGCCACAAUUGAUUAACUAACUACCCGGACUUUGAAUUUCAUGGCCAUUGAAAAACUGUGACAUUAUCUUCUAUAAGCCUAAACUUGAGUAAACAUUGAAGAUUUUUAGCGUUUUGGCGGAGUUUGUGCUUUGGGAGUUGUCUAUUGCUUCUAGUCUGUCAUUAUACAGCAUUCUUGUUCAGCACGCGUGCAAUGACCGCGCUUGGCUGACUUCCGAAUGCUCGUGUAAAUCGUGUAAAGUUUGCUUAUCAUUUUUUGCAUAAAUUAUGACCUAAAUUUGGAAACCGCUGAAUUUCUCGAAUUGGGUCUUUGCAAUUUUGGUGAAACUCUGUUCAGUGCAAGGCACUAAUGCGCACUAUGUGUAGCCGAGAGAUUUUCACGAAAAAAUGCCGGCAACAGCAGAUUUUCGACUCAGACCUCAAAGGGGCGUGGCAUUAUAACCACGUAACAUUUACUCCGAUCACCAAAAAUUUUAUGUUAUAUUGUAGAUUGAUCUAUCUGUUAUCCAUUCUAUGUGUUAGACUUACGAUAAAAGUAAAGGUGGAGAUACCAGAGAGCUUCAAAGUGGGAUGGUACCCCCCCAAAAAAACUGGGUCGAGUCACCUUAACAGGGUGUCCCGUAUUACCUAAGCUGGUCGUGUUAUGAAAGUCAAAAGACACCUUUUAUUAGAACUGACUACUAAGGAAAUAGAAGAGGACAUAAGCAUCGUCACAUAAAGCAUUUCUAUCCUUCGCAAAGACGUUAUAUUUCGAACUUAAUUCACAAAAACACUUAAAAAUCGCGCAUCUAUAUAUUACUUAAUCAAAACCAUGCUCUACAUUAUUCAUGUGAUGCCAAAAUUGUCUGAAAUCGACCUCUGCAAUUUUCCUAUCCAGUGUACUACUGUAGCGCUGGGAACAUCGAAAUGCUUUCAACUUAAGGUUUUUUUUACCUUCAAAAAGGAAAGGUCCAUCACAGCACACAGUUGAUAACGAAUCUCUUGAUUGGGCAGGAAACAUGUGUCCAUUGUCCGUAUGAAACCAAAUUUAUCAGAGCAUCUGCCGCCAAACAGAGUGAAACAUUAAAAUAAGCGCUCAAAAAGUUAGAAGAGAGUAUAAAUGACACAGCAAGUACAAAAGUAGACACGGAUGGAAAAACUCGAAAAAGAUUGAAACGGAUUGUAACUGUGGUUUUUGAAAACUUGUUAGCCUAACAGUUUUUCAAAGUUCAUUUUUGUUGUUUGUAACGACUGAUAUAAUGCUUGCAAACAUUUUUUGUUUGGUAAAAGCUGUGAUUUUGUUUCAUUCACCAGUAUUUCGUAAUUUUCACAGCGAAAAAGGACGUGUAACUGGCAUUAUUAGAAACUGAAUCAUUCGAUAAUGGAAUUCUAGAACUCUGAUUGGCUUAGCCAUCAUGGUAUACGAGCCAUUAUACCAUGCUCUCCAAAUAUGGUAACUGUACGCGUCUGCGCGAAAUUAAAAACAAGCUGAAAAUCGGUUGUUUUUACAAAUAAAGUCGGGAAGGAUCGCUCGAUAUUAUGUUUUUAAUUUUUAAUAAAACAAUUAUUCUACACGCGCUUCUUGGAUAUGAGAUAAUUAUAGCUAACUCAUAUCCAACGGAAUAAUUGUUAAUUAUACAGAGAAUGAACUAGACAGCGAUGGCCGGGGGAGGGGGGGCAUAAUAUAUACUAGUGGUAGGCUAAUGGAGAUGUGCCGCUGGAUGGGGUCGCGGUUUCAUGACUGGAUUGACUAUUGUGGGGUUGCAUUUUUAUAAGAGUUACUAGAGUGGGGUCGCACAUUUUCACAUUUUCAGGGUUUGGGGGGUUAGAGAAUUCAGGUAUGUGGGAUUUAAUAAUAGAGAGAUUUACACCACCUUUAGUUUAACAAAUAUAUCAGUUCAUUUGAGGAUGACCAAGUUGAAAGGCUUUAUAAGGUAGAUGCAUGAAAAGAAAGUGAUUAAGUUGGGAUUGCGAAAAUUAAUUUUUCCCCGCGAAGUGACUAAGAUGGGGUCUAUAAUAUGGCCACAGAAAAGACUAUAAUGGGGUAGGGGUUCUAUGAGGCUAGCGGCACAUACCUAGCGAAAAUUAACCCAAGUACCCCCCCCCCAAUCCCCACAAGGGCAGCGGUGACAGAGCUCCUUCAAGCGGGUUGAAUUCAGAGAAAAUGUAGGAGGUUUCCCAAGGGACAAAGAAAGGUUACCGUAAUAACUGGGUGUCCGUGUUAAGCGGGUCUCCGUAAAGCGCGGUUCAAACUGCACGUGUUUUCAAAAGAUGCUAAAAUCAAAGCGGCCAAUAGCCAAUUAGAUCGCGGAACAUUGUUAAGGUUAUCAUUGCGGGCGACAAGAGGAGCCCGCAAUCCUAAUCUCCAAGUUUCAUUACGCAUGCGUCGCAAGUAUGUAGCCAGCAUUUCGUUUGGACUUCCAUUAAGAAUGAAUGGAAUGCACAGAACGCAAUUUGAUCUCGUGUGUUUUCUCUCACUCUUUCUCUCUCUCUCUCACUUACGCACGGUGAUGGAGCAAAAGCGUUUUGACCUCUGAUCGUUGUCGCCCGCGCUCCGUAUCCUUUGGUUAUUACGAUUAUAUAAGUUGAUUUUAUUAUUUUCAGGAUCGCAGUCAACUUCGGGGGAUCCCCCGUGGAGAUGAUUUUUAAGCCAGCUGAUAAGUCUCUUCCGCAGCCGUUAUUAUGCAAACGAAAAGGAUCCGUUGUCGACGUCCUAGUCUAA